UCGUGUACUCCGCAGGAAGGUCGUUUUCUUUCCUCCACGCCGCCCGGCCCGCUUACUACACGUCGGUUUUACUCGUCCGCUCCGGGUUCAGUCGUAGCGCAGCGCUCGCGGCGUGUGGAACGCGGUGCACUCGCCUCCACGAGCGAUACCAAACGCGUUCAUCGAUCAGAGGAAUGUUAGACGAAGUUUUCUGUCGAAUCAUCUGUCAUUCUUUCGACUAAUCGAGCAGCCUUCGAAGGAGGAUCGAUAGAUCGAAGACUGGGAGAGUUCUGUUUCUUUGGUGAAAUCACGUGGAUUCUAGAGGUGCACAGUGUAUCGGGUUGUCAGGAACUCUGAUCGAGUUUUGAAGUUGGUGACUGUUGGAACGGUGUCUACCGAGUAGAGGAUCUGAAGGGAUUUUAUUCAAAGUGCUGGACUGUGUGACCAGUUGCAAUCGAUGCCGCUUGUUCGCCAAGUGUAAACAUGAUUCCCGCGCAUUGACGUACGCAACCGGACCGCGGGUGCGGGCUGCACUCAGCUGUGAAUUCGUAAAAGUGAGCUCAGAGGAAUGUUGAAGCACGUGUCGGUCUCGCCGUGGAGAGGGCGAGCAGACAGCGUGAGCCUCGCCUCGAGCGGGGGUGCGAGCAGUUGCGGAAGCGGAAGUCCAACUCCUGGUCAUACUCCGCCACCCUCGAGGGCGUCCUCUUGCGCGUCUCUCGCGCCCCUAACAGCUCUAUCCAGCUUUUCUCCGGCCGACGCCUCUCAACAACAGACGACAAUCAAGGUGUACGCGAACUGUCUGCGACCAGACAUCGAGUACAAGACCCUCAGCAUCACCUAUGAAACGACGAGCCGCGAGGUUGUUCAGAACUUGCUGAACAAGUACCGAAUGAGGCACCGUGAUCCCAGGUUGUUCUACCUCACCAUGGAAGUCACAGUGAGGAGACCGAACAUGAAGACCGUCCUGGCGCUAGACGAGGACGCCAAACCCGCUGCUCUGCAAUCGUGUCAUCCUAGGGGCGAUUCCAGAUUCUCGUUGCAGACGCGUCGCGGCGGACUUGUCAAAAUAUACGACAGCGCGCUCAUGUCCGGGUCCAAGUACAAGAGUCUGCUGGUGUCCGAGCAGACCACCGUGGACGAGCUGAUCCAAAUGCUGUUGAGCUGCUACAGUUCGAAGGAACGCGUCGAGCAGUUCUCUCUGUACGAGGUCUGCGAGGGCGAGGAGUACCAAAGGAAACUGCAUCCGGACGACUCGCCCCUCAAAGUCACGCAACUGUGGACAAGCGUCGACCGGCAUCUCCGCAUACGGCGCAAUCCCGAUUACAAUCCUCACCGGAGAAAAAGCAUGUGGGCGUCCGACUCGAGCAUCAGCGUGGCGAUGUCAAGACUGAACCUGCACGGCAACCAUCAGGCCCAGUACAACCAGGCCCACGACAACAACAACCAUUUGCCGUUGUACCACAAGGAUGCCGCGUCCAUCAACAACAAUAACAUUCACAAGGUGGACAAUCAUCACCUGUCUCUCAGCUCGUUGAACCAGCAAUCCAGAAUCGUUGUUCCCCACGCGACGCAGCUGCCGCAAGUGCAAGUGUCUCGUGUCCAACAGUUGGCGCAGAGCGUGCCGACGACGCCGCUCUCGUCGAAACACGUCACGGCAUCGUCUUACGCGGACUACGAGAACUAUUUGUUCAUAUAAUGCUAAUGGACAGGCUGCGACGUGCUAACUUGGCAACCAGUUGUCUCCCGAUAUCGACUUUCUUAGCUCGUUGUCUCGGGACGAGAUUUUUCGGAGUCUCUGGGUGUUACCGUUGUGUCAACGCGUUGAACAGUAUUUGAUGGUUCGGUUAGUAUGCUUCGGGGGGAGUUACGAGCAACCAUCGAGGUUCGAGAUUAUUUAUUCAGGUAGCUGUUUAAGCUUGACAGAGGUGUGCAGCAUGGGUUUGCGUCCCGACUGAGUCGCGUCGGUCAAACAGAACAAAGAGAAUUUACGAUCAUAGUCAAUAGCGAGAAAAAUUGUACCAAAGGUAGCCGUACGGAAUUUUAGGUAUGUAGGGUAUCCAAACGUAUAUGUGUAAAUGUUCUGCGUUAGAGAGGUAUCUUAAGAGUCGGAAUGUAGUCACAGAUCGAUUCCAUGUCGUUCUUUGAUGUGUUAAUCCUUCGAGACUCGCGUGAAUCCGCUGCGAAAUUAUUUGAUCGUAUUAAAAAAGUUGUAAAAUGAUGAACGAUGAUUGAGAAGAUUUCACGAGUAAUCGUAUACGUUCGAGAUGUUCGAAGCAGUCUCGAAGGAUUAUAAAUGUACCUACGUAAACUGCAUUUACUCGAAACGCCGCAAAUUACGUUUAUUAUUUAUUUCUGAUAACUGUAAAUCGUCUACGAUAGACGGAGCUUGGAAGUUUAAGUUAUUACGCGAAUCCUGUAUGUAAAUUUCGUCGUGCAAUUAGAUUUAAACAGGAUUCGAGCUCGUGUACAUAGAAACAAGCACAAGUGACGAGUAUUCAAACGAGUUUUGGCAAUCGACGCGUUGUAAAUUAGGAAUACAAAUGUCAAUUCCGUUUGUUGAUUUCGAUCGAUCAAAGUCGAGGGAUUAUCCUCGUGUUCUUCGCGGUUAUUCAAAGAUCGAACUUGUUAUAUUUUUUUACAGACACAUUGUACAUAGACACCGGAACGUUUCCUGUUUCGUUCUCGUGAGUUUUGUUACGGUGGUAGUUGGAUCCAUUGCCAAAGAAUCGGUACGAUACGUAUAUGAAACCUGUUGAUUCAACAUUGCGACAAAACGAGCAGCCAGGAACGUUUCUCAUCGACUAUUCCCGAUCACUUAUUAACGAAACUCAAUCGUCACGAUGUCAUCACGGCGAUUCCGUGACUUACCAGCAACUGUAACAAGUACAAUGAACCUUGUAUUAUUGUAAUACGACACAGUAGAGUGUAAAUAUUCUUUUGUAUCGUCGUUUAUAAUUCACCGAAGAAAAUAUCAUUUCACGUGGCUAAAACUUUGUCUAUUCACUCUCACCUUUAUCUCGUCGACGAUCGAAAACCUGCAAAUCUAUAAAGUACACGAAACGUUAUACAUUAAUCUAUCGCAUAAGUCACGAAAAUUCAUUAGAGACUAUCGAGAUAAUAAGUUACCAAAUUUAUUAGAAGUCACCAGAACAAUAAGUUACCAAAUAUAUUAUAAAUUGCCGAAACAGUAAGUCACCAAAUAAUAUAUUAUACGUUACCGAAGAGGGCUGACCAGAUCCGAGUCGAAUAAAUCGAAGGUUG